AUGAACAUCAACAAACGUGAAGGUUUAUUUGUGAUUUUAUCUUUUCAAUGUUCAUCAUGUAACAAUACCAUCACUAUUGGAACAAGUCCGAAGGUUGUUGCAUCAGAUCGUCGAGAUAUUAAUAUUCGAUCACAAAUUGGUGGCCAUUUGUAUGGUAUUAGAUGUGCUGGAUUAGCAAAAUUAAUGGGUGCUAUGAAUUUGCCAAGUCCAAUUCAAGAUCAAAUCUAUUCCAAAUGGGAUAAAAAUUUAUUACUUUCAAUAAAAUCAUUUUCAAACCGAUCUAUGACAAGAGCUGUUAAUGAAGCUGUGACUGCUGCAAAUGGUCGAGAAUUAAUGGUUAGUGGAGAUGGAUUUUGGCAGACCCGAGGUUUUCAAAGUAGACAUGGUGCAGCAGCUCUUCUUUCUUGUAACACAACACCAAAAGUACUUGAUAUUGAAACAUGUAGUAAAACAUGUAAUGUUUGUAUAGGUGCACUUGCUAUUAAGAAAUCUAAUCCAGUUAAAUAUAAUGAUGUUAUUAGAUCACAUCAAUGUGAAAAAAACUACAACAAAAGUUCGGGUACAAUAGAAGCUCAUACUGUUCUUAACAUGUUCAAGCGAUCAGUUUCUAAAUAUGGAAUUUACUACACAAGUUACGUUGGUGAUGGUGAUUCAAAAACAUUUACUAGCCUUUCAAAUGCAAAACCAUAUCCAGGUCAAAAUAUCAUCCGAUUGCAAAUGGCAUUUGCUUCUACCGUCCGAAAAUGCAAACACGAUCUGGAUUUGUUAUUAAAACGAACUUGGGCUAUAUUUUGGCAUAAAUAUUCGACCAAUGAGGAUCCUCGUCAUGAUUCUUGCAGUAUCGAUUGGUGUGGUUAUUUAAAAGCUGUUCGUAAUGGAACACCAUAUGAUCAUGCACCACAUGCUUUACCUCAUCCUGUCCUUGAUGCGAUCAAGCCUGUUUUUGAAAACCUCUGUUUUCGGGAAAGUGUUGCGCGUGUAGUUGAUGCAUCAAGUCAGAAUCAAAACGAAGGUUUUCAUUCGCUUGUCUGGCUUAUGUCACCAAAACACAAAACAACAUCUGGAACAACAUUUGAAACUGCAUUCCAUCUUGUAAUAAUAAUAUUUAAUGAUGGAUAUUUUACAUUAGGAGAUCUAUUCAACAACAUCUGUGGUUAUCGUGGUCAUUAUACCAAUCAAGCAAUGAUUCAUUUUGACAACAGUCGUCUCCACUCCGAAUCAAAAACAAAUAACAGAAAAACAAGAAAAGAAGCUGAUCGUAGUGUACAGAAAAAUGUUGAUAAUGAUCAAACAAAUAAUAAUAAUGCACCCGGUGAUGAUAAUGAUAAAACAAUCAAUAGUGAUAAACAAACGGAUGAUGAUUAUAAUGAAACAAACUCUGAUAAUCAACCAACAUCUGAAGAUAAUGAUACAACAACUGAUAGUGAUGAAUGUAUCACAGAUGAUCGUGAUUCGACAUCCAGUAGUGAUGAUUCAUCAACGGAUAGUGAUGAUAAAACAAUUCUUAGUCUUGAUACGAAAACAAAUGAAGAUAUUGAAAGAAAUGAUGGAACUAGUGAUAACGAAUAUGGUUAUUAUAAUCCAAAAGACAGAAGAAGAAUAAGUAACAGUUUAUGA